AUUGUGUUUUUUUGCCCCGCAAGGUUUUGCAAAGCGGGAUUGCCAAGUGAUAUUACUGUUGUGGUGGACGGCGUGAGCUUCCAUCUUCACAAGUUUCCUCUCAUAUCAAAAUCUGGGAAGAUAGCACGUAUGUAUGAGGAGUCUAAAAGCACACGUGACAAGAUUUUCACUGCACUUCUGGAAGAAUUCCCCGGUGGCCCUGACACAUUCCUCAUUGCAGCUAAAUACUGCUAUGGUAUGCGGGUUGAAUUGACUCCAAGAAACAUAGUAGUGAUCUACUGUACAGCAGACUACCUUGAAAUGACAGAUGAGUAUGGAGAAGGCAACUUGCUCUCAAAGUCAGAGAGUUUCUUCCAUAAGAAUAUACUUCACAACUGGAAAGACUGUAUCUUGGCACUUCAAAGUUGUGAGACUGUUAUCCAAAGGGCAGAAAAACUUCACAUAGUAAACAAAUGUGUAAAUGCUCUAUCUGUGAUGGUAUGUACAGAUCCUAGUUUAUUUGGAUGGCCUAUGAUGAUGUAUGGUAGUUUGCAGAGCCCUGGUGGAAGCAUCCUAUGGAAUGGAAUUAACACCGGAGCUAGAAUUCGAAGCUCUGAGUCUGACUGGUGGUUCGAAGACAUCUCAUACCUCAGUGUGAGUUUGUUUGAGAGACUUAUCAAGACAAUGGAAACAAGGGGUAUAAGACCUGAAAACCUAGUGGGUGCUGUAAUGCACUAUACCAGGAAGUACCUACCUGGUCUGGGACGAUGGCAGGGUGGACAACAUGGUAUACCAAGAACAGUUACAAGUUUUAGUUUGACACCCAUUGCCCUUGAUCAAAGGGUAGUUUUAGAAUCCGUUGAAAAACUUCUUCCCCGAAAGAAGGGGAAAUCAUUUUGCCGUUUUCUACUUGGUCUACUUCGUGUGGCAUUAAUUUUGGGUGUCAGUGAAAGCUGCAAGGAUGCUUUGGAGAGGAGAAUAGGAAGGCAACUGGAGUUGGCAACCCUAGAUGGCCUUCUGAUUCCUACAUAUUCAGAUGCUGACGCGUUGUAUGAUACUGACUGUGUUGAACGGAUAAUCCAUCAUUUUAUGUCGUCAGAAUCAAAGGUCACACCAUUUUCUCCAUCAUCAUUUGACAUGGAAACAUCACCAUCAUCAAGACCAUUACAAAAAGUUGCAAAGUUGGUAGAUAACUAUAUUGCGGAGGUUGCUUCAGAUGUGACUUUAAAACCAGUAAAGAUACGCUCUCUUGCAGAGGCCCUCCCAGAAUCUUCAAGGACUUUGUUUGAUGGCUUGUAUAGGUCACUGGAUAUAUACUUCAAGGCACACCCUUGGCUCUCAGAUAAAGAGAAGGAAGAACUUUGCAGCAUCAUUGACUUCUCGAAACUCUCUAUUGAUGCCUGUGCCCAUGCAUCCCAAAAUGAAAGGCUGCCACUUAGAGUUGUUCUUCAAGUCCUGUUCUUUGAGCAGAUGCAUUUGAGAACUGCUCUAGCUGGUUGUCUUCAUGGCUUGGAAACUGAGAGUGGCCCUGCAGGUCCUGUGACUGUCCCAGGUGACAUGGCUGGCCAGAUUAUACAGAGGGACGGGUGGGUGACUAUGGUGCGUGAGAACCGGGUUUUAAAGGUGGAUAUGGAAAAGAUGAGAUCUAGAGUCGGUGAACUCGAAGAAGAGUUUAGUAAAAUAAAGCAAGAGAUGAAAAAGGUGAACAAAUCACAUAGCUCUCUCAGUUCUCCUCGUGUGGUUGCCAGGAGAAUUGGGUGCAGUCUUCUUUCGCGACCCUCUGAUGCUAAACCAGAUACCAUUGAAAGUACUGGGCCCUCCCCAAGAAUAUCAGUUGAGCAGGCACGCCCGUCCCUGCGUUCUAGACACAACAAAAGUUUCUCGUUGUUCUGAGAGCUAGUAUAAAGAAAUUGAAGUCAUGCCUCGAUACAUAGAGGCUCUGGUUGGUUCUCAGAAAACAUGUGAGAAAGGAAUCGGAAAUCCAUAAGCAGGGCCCUCGUUUCCUUCACGUUUCUGUUAACCAACCAGAAUUCUUUCAGAGGUCUCUGAACGGAGGAUGGUAUGCAACUUACCCAUACUCACAGAAAGUAUUGUUCUUUUGAAGUUGGAUUUUGAGUAGAGAGAGAAAUUCUUUUCAUCUAUUGAGAGGGGAAGUCAUCAAAGGAUGAACCAUUGUAAUUUAAGAAAAACAAAAAUAGAAGUUAUGAUUACCUGUUAUAGAAUGCUAGUCCCAUCUAAAGGAAAUACACCUUGUUUCACAUAGAGGAAAGAAAUGUUUUAGUUUCUAUUGUUUAAAGUUAGUUUGUUCUUGGGUUUAUACAUGUACAUCUUUAAGAACCAAGUUGUAACUCAUAAGUUUGUGAAAUAGUGGACAACUAUGUUUGAAA